AUGAACGUUGACCCUCACCGGUUCGCCGGUGUGGCGUCCACGCCAACAACACACACUUUCAACAUGCGCACGGCAGAAGAGGUAGAGCAACCCAGUUCGACAAUAGCACCCUAUUACACAGCACUAAACGGAGUCAAUCAGCCCAUGAACAUGAUCGUUAAGGACGCUCUCUGGCUAACUCUCGGCGGUCUGGCCGUCAUCAUCCUCACCAUCAGACUUUUGGAGAUUGUCUGGGCCAAGUUGCGACAGGUCUCUGCCAUGUCCGUACCGAGAGAAAAGCAGGGCUAUUGGAAAACCUCACAAUGGAGCUGGAUGCCCAGUCUCAAGAAGAACCUCAUCUACGCGCCUCUCUGGAAGAAGCGCCACAACCGCGAGUUCCGUCUUUCCAGCGCUAUCAACGUUGGCACCCUUCCCUCUCGAUUACACAUGUUCAUCAUCAUAGUUUAUCUCGGCAGUAACCUGGCCUACAUGUUUAUCCUCAACUGGAAAAACGAAAACAAAUGGGCCUUUUGUGCCGAGUUGCGAGGCCGAGCCGGUGUUCUCGCCGUCGUCAACAUGGUUCCUCUAAUCAUCUUAGCCGGCCGCAACAAUCCGCUAAUUGCCAUCCUGAAAAUCAGCUUCGAUACUUAUAACCUGCUGCACAGAUGGAUGGGUCGCAUUAUCGUCGUCGAGACUGUCAUUCACGUCACUGCUUGGUGCAUUCCCGCCGUCGCUGACGGUGGCUGGCGCAAUGUGAAGGACAAGAUUUUCGCUACGCUCUUUAUCGGCUCCGGGGCCGUCGGUACUGUUGCCUUUCUCGCCCUCUUCUUCCUCAGCGUCUCUCCUUUUCGUCACGCAUUCUACGAAACCUUUCUUAACUUGCACAUUGUUCUUGCUCUCGUGUCAUUCGUCUGCACUUGGUUACAUUGCGCUUCCUCGGACGUUGAGCUCGGAGGCCUGCCGCAGCUGCCCUGGGUCAUUGCUGUCGUGAUGCUCUGGCUCUUUGACCGUUUGGCUCGCGUUGUUCGCCUCACAUAUGCUAACUGGUCCGACAAGGGCUUCACAGAUGCUCUUUGCGAGGCCAUGCCCUGCAACGUUACCAGAGUCACUGUCCGCCUGCCACGUUUCAUGAAAAUUGAACCCGGCACCCAUGCCUAUCUUCGAUUUUGGGGCAUCAACGCUUGGGAAAGCCAUCCCUUUUCCAUUGCCUGGGUUGAGCACGAAACAACACACACACUGCCCAUUUCCGCCGAGAAGGAACCUCUCAACGCCGUCGACCGAGCCAACGCCUAUACCAAUGUUUCCUUUGUUAUUGGAGCGCACACUGGUGUGACGCGUACACUAUUCGAUCGGGCGAGCAGAUCUGUGCGUGGCAUUCGCAUCAAGGCCGCUUUUGAGGGACCGUAUGCAGGCCAUCACUGUCUCGACUCGUAUGGACACUGCGUACUCUUUGCUGGCUCGACUGGUAUCACGCAUCAAAUCUCCUACCUUCGACACCUUUUAGACGGCUACAAUGCUGACACCGUCGCCACCCGCAAGCUAACACUCGUCUGGAUUAUCAGGGAGUACGAAUCUCUUGAAUGGGUCCGACCAUAUAUGGAUACGAUUCUUCGCAUUCCCAACCGCAAGGAUCUUCUCCGUAUUCAAGUCUUUGUCACGCGUCCGCAAAACCCUCGCGACAUUGUCAGCUCUAGCUCUACCGUCAAAAUGUUCCCCGGUCGUCCCAAUGUGCGGCUGCUUCUUUUCAAAGAAGUACAAGAACAGAUUGGUGCCAUGUGCGUGACGGUCUGCGGCCCAGGUGGCCUUGCUGAUGAUGUGCGUUCUGCUGUGCGCGCCGUCCAAGGACAUAGCGUCAUCGAUUUCAUCGAAGAAAGCUUUACUUGGUAA